AUGGCUGCGCCAAUUUCCACCGUCGCGGAGACCAAGGAGCUCCGGGGUCUCAACCUCAUCGCCGCUCAUUCGCAUAUCAGAGGGCUAGGUGUCGAUGCCGACUCUCUGCAGCCCCGGACCUCUUCGCAGGGCCUUGUUGGCCAGGAGAAAGCUCGAAAGGCCGCCGCCGUGAUUCUGCAGAUGGUCAAGGAAGGAAAAAUCGCCGGUCGCGCAGUGCUGAUUGCUGGUCCUCCCAGCACGGGUAAAACCGCGAUUGCAAUGGGAAUGGCGCAAUCUCUCGGGUCUGAUGUUCCCUUCACAAUGCUUGCGUCGUCCGAAAUCUUCUCCAUGGAGAUGUCGAAGACCGAAGCGCUGACGCAGGCAUUCCGGAAAUCCAUCGGCGUUCGGAUCAAGGAGGAAAGUGAGAUCAUUGAGGGUGAGGUCGUGGAGAUUCAGAUUGAUCGCAGUGUCACUGGUGGCAACAAACAAGGAAAACUCACGAUCAAGACCACCGACAUGGAGACGAUCUACGAUAUGGGCACCAAGAUGAUCGAUUCGAUGACAAAGGAGCGCGUAAUGGCUGGAGACAUCAUUUCUAUUGAUAAGUCGUCGGGCAAGAUCACCAAGUUGGGUCGUUCGUACGCCCGUUCUCGGGAUUACGAUGCAAUGGGCGCCGAUACCAAGUUCGUGCAGUGUCCCGAAGGCGAGCUUCAGGUCCGGAAAGAGAUCGUACAUACAGUGAGUCUUCAUGAGAUUGAUGUGAUCAACUCUCGGUCACAAGGUUUCUUGGCUCUCUUCUCUGGCGACACCGGUGAGAUCCGAAGUGAGGUGAGAGAUCAGAUCAACACCAAAGUUGCUGAAUGGAAGGAGGAGGGUAAGGCGGAGAUCAUCCCCGGUGUGUUGUUCAUUGACGAGGUACACAUGCUGGACAUUGAGUGUUUCUCCUACAUUAACCGUGCUUUGGAGGCGGAACUCGCCCCGAUCGUCAUCAUGGCCAGCAAUCGCGGACAGGCCCGCAUCAGAGGAACGACGUACACGUCUCCUCACGGCCUUCCUCUCGACUUCCUCGACCGCGUGGUUAUCGUCAGCACACAGCCCUAUUCUGCCGAUGAGAUCCGGCAAAUCCUGGCUAUUCGGGCCCAGGAGGAGGAAAUCGAUCUCUCGCCAGAUGCCCUCGCCCUCCUGACCAAGAUCGGCCAGGAAUCCAACCUCCGCUAUGCUAGCAACAUCAUCACCACCUCCCACCUCCUUAGCCAAAAGCGAAAGGCCAAGGAAGUCAGUGUCGACGACGUUCAGCGCAGCUACCGUUUGUUCUACGAUCCUGCUCGGAGUGUCAAGUUUGUCAACACCUAUGAGCAGCGCUUCAUUGGUGAUCAAGGGACUGUCAACUUCUCUGCAUCCGCCGCCAAUGGGGAUGCUAUGGAGAUCUCCUAA